UCGCUUCGCGUUUUAUACAACCUUCCCCUUUCCCGGCGAUCUAACUCCGAUCCCUUCCUCUUCUCUUUCCCCCCUUUUCCUUUCGUCUUCGUCUUCGUCUUCCUCUCCGGCGCUAAAUUUCCGUUUUUACCCUUCCCAUUUACGUCUAAUCCCAGCCCCUCGAAGAUGAUGCACAUGACCUUCUACUGGGGCAAAAACGUAACUAUACUCUUCGACUCAUGGCGCACCAAUUCGUGGCUCAGCUACGCCCUCAGCCUCCUCGCGCUCCUCCUCGCCGCCGCGUUCUACCAGUACAUGGAGGACCGUCGGAUCCGCUUUAAGAUUCUCGCCAAGUCCAAACCCUCCUCGUCGGCGUCGUCGCCGCCCCCGUAUCCGGCGACGACGAUCGACGCCCCCCUCCUCCGCUCCGCCGCCGUCGCCGCCGGGGGAUGGGCGGCGCCGGCGAAGGUCGCCACCGCCGUGCUCUUCGGCGUCAACUCCGCCCUCGGCUACCUCCUCAUGCUCGCCGUGAUGUCCUUCAACGGCGGCGUCUUCGUCGCCGUCGUGCUAGGGUUGGCCGCGGGCUACCUCGUCUUCCGCAGCGGCGGCGAGGAGGAUCUCAUCGCGCUCGAGAACCCCUGCGCGUGCUCGUGAUCCAAAUCGACCGCGAUUUGCUCGGUAUUUUACCCUUGAUUUAUUUUUACCUCUUGUUGUUACAAAAAUUACAUCUAUCAGAUGUUUGGGGUAUGUGAAACUGUAGUGUUUUGUUUGGUGUUGUAUCUCAUAGUUUUCCUUGUAAUUGUGGUGUAAUAAAGGAGUAUUAUGAGUUGCUUGUAUGCUUUAAUCUGAUAA